GCGGGGCGGGACAGCGCUCCGGCGCGGGUUUCGGAGCGGGUCGGCGGUGCGGGCGCCAUGCGGAGCCGCGCGGAGGUGGACGCCACGCUGCAGACGGCCAAGUUGAACCCGGCGGAGCUGUUGCCGGUCGUACAUUGCCUCAGCUUCGGUCCGCAGGCGGCCGCCGGAGAGUGCUGCCUGCUGCAGCUGGAGCCGGGCCUCUGCGCAGAGAUCGAGGCGGGGUGCAGCCUAGUAAUCCGAGGUGAAAAGAAUGAACAAGCAGUGUUGUGCAGCAAAGAUAAAACCUAUGACAUGAAAAUAGCAGAUACCUCAAAUAUGCUGUUGUUUGUUCCUGGUUGCAAAACUCCAGAACAGCUGAAUGCAGACCAAGCAUCUUGUAAUAUUAUUCAUUCACAGAUCGCUGGUUUCUCCAGUAACUAUUGGGAAUUAAGGAGAUGUCGACCAAAACUGAAGAAACUGAGAAAGCUUUUAAUGGAAGAUCCGUAUGAAGGGCCAGAUAGUCGGAAAGAUCAGGCUUUGACAUUUUCAAAGUAUACAACAGAAGAUUUGUUAAGUCUGGUUCAAGCAAGUGAAGAAGAAAUACUGCACCAUUUGCAGGUGAUAGAUGCCUGCAAAAUUGAAGGCCCGUUCCACAUCCUCAUCUUUCAAGGUGCAAGUCACUUCAAAGCACUAAGGUCUGCUUCCAUAGUUCCUAUAACCUCUGCUGCUAUGAAGCUGAUCAAAAGGAUAAAACCAAGCAGGCCCCAAGCAGGCACUGACCAGUCUGGCUUUUCCCAGGGAUAUUGGAGAAUUCUGGAAUUUGACUAUGAGAUGAAACUCUUGAAUCAUGUGAUUCAGCUAAUAGACUCAGAGUCCUGGUCUUUAAGUAAGGUUCCUUUACGUACCUGCCUUGAGGAACUUGGAUCUCUAGAGCCCACAGAGAUGAUAGAACACAUUCUUCUAAGCUAUGGAAGGAAAUAUUUUGAUGAUGCAGGGGAGGUUUACUUUGAGAUGCAUGAAGAUAAAAUAUGCAGAGCUAUAGCACAAAUGCUUUUGCGAAAUGCAGUUAAAUUCAAUUUAUCAGAGUUUCAAGAAGUCUGGCAACAAAGUGUCCCUGAAGGGAUGACAGCAAAGCUUGAUCAGCUUAAGGGCUUGGCUCUUGUGGAUAGAAGCUCAAGACCAGAGACCAUCUUUCUGCUAAAAGUAGAAGACUUACCUGAAGGCAAUCAGGAAAGAUUCAACAGCUUAUUCAGCAUACGGGAAAAGUGGACAGAACCGGAUAUUACCCCUUAUAUACAAGACUUGUGUGCAGAGAAGCAGACCGUUGGGGCUCUUUUGACAAAAUACGCUCGCUCCUCAAUGCAGAACGGUGUUAAAGUUUAUAAUUCUAGAAGACCCAUCUCCUAACAAGUAUUGUUUUAAGAACUGAGAAUACUGAAUGGAGUAACAGUGAAUGUUACUCGUUGCUGCUUUCUGGGGAAAGGAGUUGUCAACCAGUAUUUAUACAGCGUUCUUGAGUUUAAGCAGCUAAGCUUCUUGAAUGAAUUCUGCUUUCUGCUCAGCUAAGUAGAAUGUGAGGGCAUUUGCCUCUUCUAAGAAACUACAGUGUCAGCAGCCUUUGCCCCCUCUUUCCCUAGUCUCCCCGUUUCCUUUCUGUCUGUAGUUAUGCCAGGAGUUGAGCUGCUUCUUGAAUACACUUUAGUUGUCUAUCCAUAAACUGAAGUCUGACAUUAAAAAUGAAAACUUCCUUGAUGAUAA